AUGUUCAGAACACUGAAUCGCAAGUUUAUCUUUGGUACUAUAGCAAGAGUUACUCCUACGUUUAUAGUACCUAUUUUUCACGAAAGAAAUAAAAAUGAUGAAAUUCUAUUAACUGAUUCUGAUUAUGAAGCACAGCAAACAGGAUGGGAUAGAUUGCGAGCCAUGUAUAGAAGAAAUUUAUUGGUUACAUCAAUUUCAGUGUACAGGAAUCGAAGCUCUUUGUCAGACUACAUUGUAGGGGGAUCUCUCACAGGGGCUAUAUAUAAAGCUAACUUAGGCCCAACAGCAAUGUUAGUCGGCGCUGGUGUUGGUGGCGUGUUAAGUGCCCUGGGAGGAAUUCUUAUUUUGGGUCUUCUGAAAAUAACUGGUUUAUCAAUGGAUGACAUAAGGAAAUCACUUUACAAAAUUAAAGAAACAAGACAACAAUUAAUGGAUGAAGCUAUAGAAAAAUCUGCAAAAGAGAAAAAUGACCAGCUUACCAUGCAUCAUGAUAUUAUUGUUAAAGAAAAAGGUGUACAGAAAGUUGAAGAUCUACCGUAG